AUGGUCCAACAAUUAUCAAUCAUAGAUUAUACUGUAUUAUUAGCUAUGCUAUUGGUAUCGGCACUAAUCGGACUGUUUUACGGUUGCUUCUGGGGCACAGGUAGACAAAAAUCUAACUCAACCGACAUCACCACCAGCACCACCACCACCACUACCACCAGUAACUAUUUGAUUGGCAACAAAUCCAUGUCUGUAGUACCGGUAGCCGUAUCGGUAAUGGCCAGUUUUAUAUCGGCCAUAACCCUGUUGGGUAUGCCUACCGAAGUCUAUCUAUAUGGUACACAAAUCUGGUCAAUGUUGCUACCAUUUCCUAUGGCACUGGCCAUAAGCGCCUAUAUGUUUAUACCGGUUUUCUACGGUCUAAACAUAACCAGUACUAAUGAGUACCUGUAUAAGCGAUUUGGUAGUUCAGCAAGGUUAUUGGGUUCAAUAAUAUUUACAAUACAUACGAUAUUUUAUAUGGCACUGGUAUUGUAUGCACCAGCACUGGCUAUAGCACAGUUAACCGGUCUUAAUCUAUGGCUAUCGGUGCUGACAACUGGAUUCAUAUGUAUAUUCUAUACAACACUGGGCGGUAUGCGUGCCGUUAUCUGGACUGAUGUUUUCCAAACGGUAUUCAUGUUUGUCAUGAUGUUUACGAUUGUUAUCAAAGGAACGGUAGAUUUGGGUGGACUAACCAAUGUUUGGCAAACUAAUCAACUGUUUCAUAGGAUAGAGCUAUUCAAUUUAGAUCCCAAUCCAUUGGUUAGGCAUACAAUGUGGACAGUAGUGAUCGGUGAGUUCAUAUUCUGGACCAAUGUUUUCUCAACAAAUCAGACAAUGGUUCAACGUUAUCUAUCGGUGCCCACACUUAAUAAAGCUAGAAAUAUUGUUUGGGUAGUCCUACCAUUGAUAACAGCAAUAACAUUAGUAUCAUUGAUGGCCGGUUUGCUUAUAACAGCCAAAUACAGUACCUGCGAUCCCAUGUCCAGCAAAUUGGUUGAACGAUCCGAUCAAUUGUUUCCACUGUAUGUUAUCGAAACAUUUGGAUCGAUACCCGGUUUUGUUGGACUAUUUAUUGCCGGUGUUUUCAGUGGAUCGCUUAGUACCAUAUCUAGCGGUCUGAACGCACUGUCCGCUGUCACACUUGAAGACUAUGUACGGCCAAUACUAWUGAACAGACACCCCGACAAACCAGYACUAAGCGAUUCAAUGGCUACAGUCUAUGCCAGAUUGAUAUCCGUCGGCUACGGCCUACUAGCCAUUGGACUGGUUCUGGUAGCCCAACAAAUGGGUAAUAUACUGCAGGCAGCCAUCAGUUUAGUAGGCCUACUAUCGUCGCCGUUGUUCGGUCUGUUCGUAUUGGGUAUGUUUGUACCGUCGGCUAACUCCAGGGGUGCACUAUGGGGUACACURCUAGGUAUGGCCUGUGCCCUAUGGAUAGGUACGGGUGCCAUAUAUUACAAGCCAUAUUUACCCAGCAAACCAAUAUCUGUGGAUAGUUGUCCACUAGUUUACGAUAAUCUAACUAUACAUUCAUCAGCAAACUAUAGUGUUGGUGGUGGUCGACCCACUUAUGAGGAGGAGGAGGGCCUACAUCAUAAUGAUAACAUAUUUUUUAUCUAUCGACUAUCCUAUAUGUAUUAUGGACUUAUUGGUGCACUGGUAACUAUUUUAUCCGGUUAUUGUAUAUCAUUGAUGACUGUCUAA